AGGAAGGCCAGGAGCUGCUCUCAGGGAGCAGCCUUCAAGUUUAACACUGCAAGCUGUCUCUUUCCUGUAGAGGAAGGACCAGCGACAAGAGCAAGAGAGAGGGGAAGGUCAUUGUUUGGGGGAAGGGCAUGGAGAGACCCAGAACUGAAACUCAACAGGAAGACUCCGGAGACCAGAGCAUGGAGGGAGCGUUCGAAGUGUGCAGGAACUGCAAAAGAAAUGUGGCCUCUGCCCACAUGAACCUCCAUGAAGCCCACUGCCUGCUGUUCCUGGUCCUCUGUCCAGAGUGCAAGGAACCUGUCUCACAGGAGCAAAUGGACGAGCACCGCAAGAACGGGCACCAGCAGGUCGGGUGUGCGAUGUGCCAACAGAGCAUGCAGAAGCACUUGCUGGAGUUUCAUGAGACCAAGGAAUGCCAGGAGCGCCCUGUUGAGUGUAAGUUCUGUGAGGCAGUCGUGUGCCUCAGCAAGCUGGAGAUCCACGAGCACCACUGUGGCAACCGGACAGAGUUCUGCCCAGACUGUGGCCAGCUCAUCAUGCUCCAAGUGCGGGCGCAGCACAGAGAUGUGUGUCAGAGUGAGCAGGCCCAGCGCGGGAGAGGGAAGAAAAUUUCAGCUCCUGAAAGCAGCACCUACUGUCAUUAUUGCCACCAAAUGAUCCCAGGAAAUAAGUAUUUACACCAUAUGGGUAAAUGUCGUGCAAACUCAGAAUCUGCAAAAUAUUUUCCAAUUGGAAAGCCGGGAGUUUCUUCUCCAUCCCUUCCAAGUCAGGCUGCUGAAGAUCAAACUUCCACAGCAGAAAAAGAUGUCCGCCCAAAGACGAAAAAUGUAAACAGAUUCCCUCUUCUUUCUGAAAAUUCAACAAAGCAAGCACCAAGUGGCACAAACGAAACCAAGGAUCUACCUUGGAAGUCUGAGCACGAGCGCUGGUUCACCUCUCCUACAGAAGACGAGGCAGCCUAUGACAUUCUGAGGAGAUGUUCUCAAUGUGGUAUUCUACUUCCCCUGCCAACCCUGAACCAACAUCAGGAGAAAUGUUGGUGGUUAGCUUCGUUGAAAGAAAAAACAAGUGAGAAACUCCACCUGGAAAAGAAAAGCAAUGUUGGUUUACCCAAGAGCUACAGAUAAGCCAA